GUGGAAAUCAGAGACGUUUUUGUGCAAUCUAAUUUCGAGGUUGUGAUAUUGAGCUGUUGUUUGAGUUAUCUGGCACGGAGCUCACAUUUUCAAAAACGAUGUCGCGUGACGGGAAAACGGCAGUUCGGCUUAUGCGGCCUGGUGUUGUUGUCUUAGUUUUGGCCGGACGUUAUGCAGGCAGGAAAGCGAUCGUCAUUAAGAGCUAUGAUGAAGGUUCAGGCGAUAAACCUUAUGGGCACGCUUUGGUUGUCGGGAUUGACAGAUAUCCGAGACGCAUCCUCAGAAGAAUGGGGAAGAAACGGAUGGAAAGUCGUUGUAAAAUCAAGCCUUUCGUGAAAGUCGUGAAUUACAACCAUUUGAUGCCUACAAGGCAUUCAGUGAAUAUUGUUUUUGACACCAAGAUUAUCAAUAAGAAUUCAUUGGGGGACAAGUCUUUACGAAAAAAGGCUAAAUUAGAGGCCAAGCUAAAACUACAGCAAAGGUAACUCAUUUUUCGUUUCGCUCAUUUCACAUAGGUACAAAUCAAAUGAAAAUCCUUGGUUUUUCCACAAACUACGUUUCUAAUGAAAGGAUUAUUAUGAAAAUAAUAAAAAUGGGGUAGUCACAAUUGUUUUGACACACUGACUUUUAACUUGGGCUGUUUAUUGGGUAGUUUCAUCAAUGCACGGCUUUAGCAGUACACGGAUUUUGCCACUAUUCUGAUUGAUGCGUUGUGACUUGAUUUACAUGUAAUAUUUGCUAAUUGUACCCAAAUCAAAUAAUCUUUAGUCUAAGCAAUGUGUCGAUGAGACUUUGAUUUUAGUCAUCAUCAGUACAUUACGCUUCGUGUCAGUUGAUCUCAACAACCCAUGGUUUCGGUCAGUGUGUAGUAGGUGCUGUUAGUGUUGAUAUUGUUGAGGUUAAUAUUCCCUAUAUACAGGGGACUGUCAUUUUAUGUGACUACUUAAUAAAACUGUUCAACCGCCUAGAAAUGUAAAUAAUUACAAACAAUGGUUGUUUGUCAUCGUUUAUGACUGACGUCCGAAGAGUUCCUGCAUUAAAUUAUGACAUUUAUUUUCCUAGUUCAUAAUUUUAGCUUCAAGUUCCUGGCUUAAAGCGAAUAAACUUCUGACUCCACAUUUAUUCCUAAACAUUCUCUGUGUUGUGGAUUAAAUCUUUAGGUUAGAGUCUUAGUGUGGCCCAUUAAGAAAACCACACGGGUAGUACCACAGCUCACACACAAAUCAAGUGACUUGUGUGUAGCAUAUGUAUUCGGCAUUCCUUUGUACCAGUAUUUAUGUUCAAGUUUAUAAUGUUCUGGAUGAACAGUCGGAUAUUACUAGUCCCGUCAGGAAGUAUCACGUAUUUUUUUUCUAAAUAUAAACAUAGUGCACCGUUCUCAAUCUUUGUUCAAAAAAAUUAUUUGAUUAUCCCACUGGUUAACGGACAUUGUCGCGUCUCAAAUAGUUGUCUAAGACGUCCGGUCAUAUUUUACACAGUUAUAGUUGAAUUCAUUUGCUGAAAUUUUGACCUGGUGUGUCAAUAUAGACGCAUUUAAGUAUUCGUUGACUAUGUUGAUUUAAUCUUAAACUCAUUUUUCCGGCCGUUAGCGUUUCUAAAUAAAUCUAUUCAUAGUGUAAUGUAAGGCGCUGCAACAAAAUUUACAUGCGUUCCAACUAGCUUGUAUAUUUUACUUAGUAUCUAAUGAAGGUCACUUCCUCCGAGUUUAGUUUAUGUUUAUCAGGAAUGUCAUUAAAUAUUACACACUCCGUAGUAGUGUCGUGGGAUUUAUACUUGAAUUCAUUUUCCUUUAGUUUCUUGCGACAUGUCUUCAUUAUGCACUAGUUUUGUUAAAUUAUCAGCAUUUCUGGUGUCUGAUCUCAGUGCUUUCCAUACAGGUUAUACAGAGACAAUAGGAAUUAUGGUUAACAUCAAAAAGUAAAGAUGUAUGCAGGUGUACACGUCUUGAUUAAAGUCACGUUAAUGUUUGCGCUUCGUGAUCGUGGUCCUUAAAGAAUUGUGAUUUGAUGCUUCACCACCUUUCAAAUCCUGCCUCGUGGUCUCAUGUUUUUAGUUACUACUCAAUAAAACACGGAUGGCGGUGUUGUCGUGAUCGUCAUAGCCAAUUUAAUGUACCAUUGAACUGGCCGAUUGUUUCUACUUGACUUUAUGGUAUAAUACUUCUUGUUUUUACCUAGCCUUUAUAGACCUCAAACUGAUUCCGACGUUAAGUAGAUCUGUAAUUAGUAACUGAAUUUACUGUCACCUCAUCAGAUUUGCUAACUUUCUUCCACAUGUAGACGAGAAUGCCAUGGGAGAUACUCUAAAUGAGGUUUAUAAAUUAUUCAUUAAGUUCAGGCUGAAUAGUGUACUUUGGAUAUCAGGGUACUUAGUUGUAUCAUACAUCGUCUAACCAAUUAAAGACUUGCUGGUCAUGUUCUGGUGUAUUCUCGAUUAUCGUUAAAAAUAAAUAACCUACAAUUAAACACCACAGGUACAAUCUCAGCUUGUUUAAAGUAUAGUUGAUUCGACUUUGUGGGGUUAUAUUUCAUUUAGACAUUAAUUUUCGUAUACAUGAAUUGGCAUAUUUUAUUUAUACUUCAUCAGUCAGUCAGCUACAACGUAGGAACAGGCACAUAUAUGCAUCGGUUCAAGUUGCCGUACUGCGUUAGCACGGCAAGAUGAACACCGGAUACUUUACCAUACAACUAGCGAAUAUAUUUUUCAGAACGUUAUUGAGUAUAAAUAGCACGUAUCCCGCAAUCUGAUACUUGAAGAUGUUCUUUUUUUUCAUUCAACCGAACUAUGGAUCUUAUUGUACAGAAUUCUGUUUUGAUUUGUAGUUUCAGUUCUACUUACAAAACAAACGCAUGAGUAAGGUCUAUGAACGCUUUCCGAAAUUAUUUAUCAUUCUAUAUUCGCAACGUGGAACGUUUUUUCUGGGUUGUUAUUAUAGCAUAGUUCUUCAGUCAUGUACUCUACUAUCGAACUAACUUCUAGGUCGAUAUCACGAGUUUGUUGAGUAAACUUCUUAUGUGCUGGCUACAAAGUUUUGUUUUUUUGCAAUUUUAGCAGAUGGAUAAAUUUUUCAUCAUAGAAUCGUACAUUAUUUGGAAGAAAACGUUCUAGUAGUGACAGCUAAGUUGCUUUACGUGGCAUUUAUAAAUAACUGGAACGUUGCUUCACAAAUAUUGCAGACUGUUUGAUAACGCCUAUCCCAAAUGAUAAUAUACAAUAUACUACGGGAACAUACAGUUAUAUAGAUGAAUUAAAGGUUAUGUACCCCCUCAUACUAAUAAGAUCUGUAAGUUUACUUUUCAGUCUCACUGGCUUUCAGUUUGUUAGUAGUAUUGAAUAAGUCGAAUACGUCACGUUAACUAGACCAGUCGCAAGCUCAUUAUGGAACAUUGAGGAAAAAAGUCGAAGCAAACAUGACUAUGUUCUGAAUAUCUGUUUAUUUAAAUUGUCAACCUGUGUAGCUAAAGUGAAUGGUUGUGUGCGAAGUAGAAGCUUUCGCUUCACGAGUUUACGUGUCUGACAGAAUUGAAUCACCGAUUCCUCCAGGUAGAGCCCUAGGUACCUAGAAAGUAGUACCAGUAAAUUAUGAAAUAGUUACAAGUUCAUGAGUAUAUAUCACGUUUCCUCUUCUAGGACUACGGGGAUUUUCAUGAAACUGCCUAGGUCAGCAGCAAAUUUUAAAAAGUGACCGCUUGCAUUGCAUCGAAAUUAUACCUGCAUCCCAGCUCACCUGGUAUUCGCCCUAAGGUUUGUGUUGCGACUGAACCUAAUUAGUUACUUACGAGAAUGUUUAGGGUGCUGUAGGUCGUUUGUAUUUUGAUGACUAAAGACAGCGAUGUACGACAUACUACGCAGAACUGGAAUUCGAGUCUGUGGACUGAUUUCAUUCCACACGUUUAUAUAUGCUUUUGAGUAUUUCAUCUUUUUUAAGUAAAAAAGGGAGACACUAUUACAAUACUCUAAGUGUGGGCGAGUAAAACUUAGGAAUCAAGUGGUUUUACUGUCCAACAAAAAAAAAUUCGCUUUAGUUACUAGUGUAAGGUUAUCCCUGAGCUCUUUCUUACUUUAUACAUUUUUGAAAUUGGGGCAUUCCCACUGUGGGGUCGCUUUUGUUGUCUGUUUAGCUUAUGACAGAUCCCAGAUGGACUAAUUUGAAUCUCGGAGGGCCAAGAGUAGGAUCAUUUUUAUUUCAGUUUUCUAAGUCGAACCAUAUGUUGGUUCACCACCUUAGUCUCAAGCUAAACAUCGGCAAUGAAAAAUAGUAGCUUAGAUAACACUUGUUUGGAAAGAUCGCAUGCAAAAACCAAAAAUGUCCUUUGACGAGUCCUAAGAUACUCCGUAGCCUGAAAAAAUGUGAAGUCUGUCCUGACCCAAAAUAGUCUUAUUCAGAUACGACUGUAUAUAUUCACUGAUCGUUGCUAGUUUUAUUGCUUAAAUCUUUCUAGUUGCGAAGAAUGUUGCACAUAUAUCAUCUCUGUGACAUUUUAUGUACAUCAACUUGCUCCGUCAUCUUGUGAACUUGUUUUAUAAUGGUCGUAUUGACUAAUUAUCACAUUGCUAAGUCAACAAUCGCAAACAUUCUGCUCUUUACAGUCAUUUGAAACUCUUGUAUUAGCUAUGGUGUUAAAAAUAACGAAGUAUUAUUCGGCUUCGUACUAGAAUUUUGACUAAAAAUCCAGUACAUAUAACUCAAGUAAUCAAACUUUGUACAGUAGGGUAAGUUAAUUUGUCGUUUGCCUGAAUUAUCCAAAGGAUCCCAGAAGCAAUAUCAUCCACUAAUCUAGUUACCACUGGUUUCCCAAAAGGUAGAAGAGCAUUUAGAUUGGGUAAGACUCGCAACUGGGAUGCUAUCCUACAUCUUUUCUGCUUAGCAGAAAUAAUGUACUCCGUUAUUCUUUGGCACAGACCGUGGGUCUCCGGCUGUUGUAGGACGCUUUGUUUUUACCACUGUUAAACGUGAGUAUUUGCAAAUUAUGAUAUCCUAUCCAAGCCACAAGGAGUUUGAUGAGACAAGGUGUUCAUAUGGGACUUUCGUAUUUUUCAGAAUAAUCUGUUAGCGACUCAAGAAGUACUGAUCCUAAUCAAAUUCUCCAGAAGCAGCGUUAUGGUGGUUGAAAUGGAAAUGGUUGUGGACGGAAUAGAAGAAGCUUUCGCUUAACAGGCUUCCGUGUCCUGUAGCAAGGGAUCACUAAAUCCUCCAGGUAGGAACCUAGGUAUGUU